CCUUCCCACUAGGCCUGCACUUACCCUAGGUGUGUUUAGGUUUAGCUACGUGCGCGGGUCAAGUGUGCGUCCAUUGCAUCCCAUAAUGCAAUAGGCCGUUGUGAAUGAUCCAGCAGUCAGCAGCUGGUGGUGAGUUUCCAGAGCGCCGAAGAGGCAGCAGCAGGCGAUAAACGUCUCCGAAUCAAUGUGACAUUAUACGAACGUUUAAGCGUACAUGCAUUAGAUAAAUAUGCGGCUCAAGUAUCUAGCAUAUCUCCAUAAAGGCCCGUGAGAGUCGACAAGUACCACAGUAUUCGUUUUGGAGGAUUCCUCCCCCGUCCGCCGGAUCGCACCAAACAGGCAAUGACAACGGCCUCAGCAACUCCGCAGCAGAUGAGAGACCGGCUGCUGCAGGCCAUCGAUAGUCACAGCAAUAUUUGCAAUAUGGUGGCAGUAUUAGAAGUUAUCACAUAUUUGGAGAAGUUCCCUAUCACCAAAGAAGCUCUUGAGGAAACUCGCUUAGGGAAACUGAUCAAUGAUGUGAGGAAGCAGACCAAGGAUGAAGACCUUGCCAAGCGUGCCAAGAAGCUUUUGCGGAGCUGGCAGAAAUUGAUCGAGCCAGGGCAAAAUGAGACUCCAUCGCGGGGGGCCAUGUGUGUCCCGGGCUCUGCAAAUGGCAGUGCCCACCCCCUUCGGACUGACAUUCCACCCCCUGAUGUCUCAAUGGCAAGCAAGGGUGUCCCAGAGGUGAAACCCAGAAAUGACGUCCACAACACCCACUCGCCAAAAGCGGAGAAGUCGAGCAGCAGAAAGCGUAGAGGGGAGCAAAGGGACAGUGUGCACUUAGUCGCCAAAAUCUCCAACUUGUCCCCCUACGAGCAGAUGUACAACACCCCACCACCACCCACAAAUGGGAUUGCAGGUAGCCCUGAGGCUCCCCCAUCGCCGGACAGGGCCCGUACAGAGCCCCUAGAGAAUGACAAACAUAGUAGAAUCCCUGUCAAUGCUGUCAAGCCUCACCCAAGCUCCCCGGGCCUCACCAAACUACCUAGCACUUCUUCUUUACUCAAGACUGCUGUGUUGCAGCAGCAGGCAAGGCUGGACGAAGGAGGUGGUGGACAGUAUCAGGCCAAAAGCCCCCACUGUCUCUCAUCAAGUUUGCGGAGUCCGCGAACUAUGAAGCAAGAGACUAUGUCCAAGCGCUCAUCAACAUAUGCACCAAAAGGGACUAUCCCAAGCCCAGCCCGGAGCCCUCGCUUGCUGUCGUCCCAGUCUUUAAAGCCCCCAGCCGAAGUGUCUCAUGUGGAUGGGCUGCCACCCCCUGCCCAUAGGGCCUCACUGCACUGGCCCGGCUCCUCAGAGGUCACCACUCAUCCCCCACGCAACGCUGCAACACUGGAACCCCCGCCGACCCACCCCUCCUCCUCCUCUGUAGUGGUGGUCAAGGCUGAGGCAGAAGUCGCUGCCUCCAGCUCGGACCGCAAAAAGAGGAAGAAGUACAGGUCCAGGGACUACUCUGUCAACCUGCAGGGGCAGGACACAGAGGACCAAACGAGGCCUGUGCGGUUAAAAGAGCGCAGGCUAACGUUUGACCCUGUGACGGGGCAGAUCAAGUCCAUGGUACAUAAAGAACCCUCUCAGGUGGAAGAACCUCCAAGGCCACCUCCCCCUGAGCCCCAGCAGAGGACUCACCUGCCCCUGCAGCAGAAUCCCGCUCCCACCCCCAGCCCCUUCCAACAGACUAACUGGAAAGAGCUGUCCCGAAACGACAUCAUCCAGUCCUACCUAAACCUUCAGAGCAACGUGCUCACAUCCUCGGGGGUCCAGGCCCCCGGCGCACACUUUUUCAUGUCAGAAUACCUGAAACGGGAGGAGAGCGAUGUUAGGGAGGCGAGGCGAGGAGUCCACGUCUUGCAGCUGGACAGCUCGGUAACGGACACACCGGGGGUGAGCCGGGAGGUGACUGACGAGGACCUCCACAGAGUACAUAUGGAGCACUGGCAAGGGGUAAACGGUUGUUGCGACACCAAGGGCACUUGGUACGACUGGACGGAGUGCAUAUCUUUGGAUCCGCAUGGGGAUGAGAGCAAACUAAACAUCCUGCCAUAUGUCUGCCUAGACUGAGUAGAUGGAGUGUCUCUCUCUGUCACUUGACAGAGGAAGGAAAACUAUUUUUUUAGCCACUUGAGUUGUGGAAAGCCAGAACUGCAAAACUCCCUCCGUGCCUCCCUCAGAGAUAAUCGAAUGAGGUUUUGGUAUAUAAAAAAAAGAAAAAAAGUUGGUUUGUCAAAGGGCUGCUAUUUCAGUUCUCUUUUCUUUCAAAGAUUUGUUUUAAAGUUGCAGAAAAGAUGUGCCCCUGUUUGCAGUGCUGCUACUAACAAGGAAUUGCAAACUAAGGUUCUAGUUGAGGGUUGGCUGGGGUUUAGGUGUCCAGUUGAGGCACAGUUCUGCUCAGAAGGGGUUGAAAGAGUUCAUCUAGCACAGGUAAAGCCGAAUGUGUCCAGCAAGUGGAAUACUGGCACCAAUUUGGCAGUUACAAGAAGCUUUAUGUGACAUAUAUAUAAAAAAAUAAAUUAUAAAAUGUCUUAUCAUGUAUGCAUCUAUUUAUUUGACCCUUUUCUGUUUUUUUGGGAGGUUUAUCAAAACAGAUGUACAAAACCUGUAGAGCUUUUCUGUUUGCAUCACAUAAUGUUGACCUGUUCUGCAAUGGAAACGAGGCAUACCAUUGUUUUGCACAGUCUUUUCUUUUUAUUGGCCAAUGCGCGUUAGCUAUCCAACAUUCCAUACUCUUCACAUCUCUCUCCUCACUCUGUUCUAAUGUACCCAUGCCAUCAUACAAUUAUUACCGGGAGGAAAUACUAAAACAAAUUUUGCUUUUUUUUGAAUGUGUUCAGUUCAAAAAGUUUUUUAAAUAAAUAAAAAAAAUCUGUUUACUUUUUCAAUUAUUUGUUAAAUGUACCUUUUGUAUUUCCUCCCAUAUCCCCUAGCAAUCCUCACCCAGGCAGAACUGUGAGCAAAAAUGUCAAAACAGAGAGCGCUAGCAUUAAAACUGUAAACAAUUGUGAGGACAAGAAAAUACGGAGGUGUUUGUAUGCGCAAACUAUACUUGUCACCAUUCCUUUAGCUAUCAUUUUGCCUUAUGGAAUUUCAUCACAAGAUUUUUAAAGUUGAACAGCCUUAGUGAAUGUACAGAAAUGAGACCUUUUGUAUUUAGUUAUACAGUGGUAGAUAACUUUUGUAAUUCCAUAAUUGACACAAAGUUACAUGUAGAUAAAAAUACAACACACCUGCAAGUUCAAAUUUUGUACAUAGUUUUGACAUCCAUGUCAAAAUUCCCUCAGAUCUUUUAAGCGUUUGUUUUGCAGGAAUGUUCUACUCAUUGAGAAGCAUGCAUGAUGGUGAAUGAACAAGCAUAGUUUCUUUAGCUUUUUUAGUUAACUACAUAAACCUAGAGUACUGUGGUACCAUCACACAUUCUAAAAACGAUUUCCAUGAAACAAACAUGGUAGUUCAAAGUAGUUUCUUUUCCCUUUUCUCAUCUUGCAUUGCCCCUGUUCUCCACAUAUGACAUGACUUUAGAUCGGCGAAGAUCAGACUGUGUGCCGCUAAAUCCAUCCCUACCAAUGUGCCUUUGAAUCUGUAUUUGUUCCGCAAAAUACUCCUGUCCUUGGAGCUAGGUUUAUGUCAGGGACAAUUCCAAAUUCUAUGUCCGAUAAUGCUGGAAUAUGCACCAUUUUUUUCCCGAAGCAAUGGUCCUUAGUGAACACUGGUCCAGUAUGGGUAAAUUGCAGACUGCGAUAUCACUCAAACACAGCUCGCAAUAAAGAAAUGUUAAUGAUAGAUGUGGAUCUGGUCAGUUUUGACUGGGACAUCUUUAUUUGUUCAGUGUUUAACAUCUCUCAAUAGUUUGAAAAAUAAAGUGACAUUCUAAACCCUG